AUGAGUGUCUUUGGGGAUUUCCAACGUGUGUGGGUGCAACGAUUUCCAGAUAGUACAUUACCAGCCGCUUGGGAGGAAGAUGUCAGAGCUAAUUUGGCCAAACAUAAACAGAAAGUCGCUAUACUUAGGGAAGAGCUUGAAAAGGAGGAGUUCUACGUGGAGUAUUUGGAAACGUUACUCUCCGAUGUAGAGAAACACAAAGCUGCCUCACAGGGCAAAGUGGCGCCGCCCUCAGUUACUGACACGAUCGACGAUAAGACUUUUGAUAGCAAACAGGGUUCAAAUACUAAUUCAUUGUCAAAGAAGAGUGAAGGAAGUGUUAAAAGUGAUGAUUCAGCUGAAGCAUUAGAUGUUGAAGAUGAAAAGGUGCCUUUGAGGAACAGGCAAAUAAAUUUUGCUGAGAGAAGUUCAGUUAACCAGUGUAUCAAUGAACUCUCCUCCAAUCUUGCAGCUGAGGCAGCUAGACGGCGCUGUAAUAGUGAGAUUGUACAAAGGACAGAUAAAGAUGAAGAAAAUAAUGUAGGUGUUGAAUCAAUAAAUUCCAUACAAGCUAAGAACCGUCCAGCAUCACAAGGUGGUGAUUUUGUAACAGUGAUUGAAGUGAAUGGCCUAAAAGCUGCUGAAAAUGCUGUCAAGAAGGGAGAUGACUCGCCGCAGACAUCGGAGAGUGGUUCAAUUGAUGCUGCAUUGGCUGCUAAGAAAAAAGUACCACCAAAGCCACCACCAAAAGUGUUCAGCAGACGAGGUGCAUCUUUACCAGAGAGUGGUUUCCCAGAAGACAGUCCACCAUCUAGUUUAGGAAGAAGAUUAAGGAAUUCUGAGUCAAGGGAAUCUAUAACAAGCCGUGGAUCUACACCGUCUAUUAGUGAACGAGUUAAAAGCUAUGAGUCAAUAAAUUCACUGUCCUCUGAGCGGAAGCGUUCAGGUGGAGCGGCUACACCUCGUUCCAUAGAUGAAGUUACUUCAACUACUCCAGACCUUCCCGAAGGGACUGAGGAUAAGUCACCUCCGAUGUCUCUUGAAAGUAUUCCAGCAGUUGUACGGAGUGUUGAGGAUGAACCGUACUAUGAUCAAGUGCCUGUUGAUAUCAAUGAUGGAGAAUAUGUUUAUAUACAAGCAGGUGGUGCAGGAUCCAGUACUGAUGAUGGCUCAAGUGGCACCAGCACCCUCGCUAUGGUGCCAAGCGCCCCCUUAGCACCUUCUGCCCCCACAGCGCCGACCGCACCCGACUCACCGCUGUGUGCUACAGCACCCAACUAUGUUAACAUACAUUAUUUUAUACAACAUGGCGCGGAAGGCACGGAAGCAAGUGAAACGAGUUCGGAAUUAGCGGAAUCCAGUGACACACCACUGCUGCUGAGAACGAUUUCAUCGGAUACCGAAGCUAGCGCCACUCCGCCCGUCUUAAGGAAGUUACAUCAGAGGAUGUCAAAACAUUAUGUUUGUCCUUUAAAUUAA